AUGACUACAACCUCACCUUCAAGAUCCAACUCUACUAAACAGAAGCUAGCCAUGUUUUCAUUUGGAAGCGAAGAACUCGCCUCCAAUGAAUCAGCAGCACCAGCAGCACAAGAUGCUCCAAAACCACCAUUACAUUCAACUGAAAGCUGUAUUUUUGAAAGAGACUGCCUCUAUUUACAUCCAGAGGGCUCAGAAUCUCUUUCAUCAUUAACAUACUCCAUAUACGGUAAUGGUAGUGGUAGUGGAAACGAUAGUACCAAUAUGGAGAAAUUAUCUCAAUCACCACAACAACCACAACAAUCCACAUUACCACCACCCAAUCCAUUCUCUUCGUUUUCUUCAUCAUCAGGGAAUACUACUACUACCACUAAUGCAAACACCUUGAGUUCAUACAACAAACCAUUUGGGAGGUCCAGAUCAUCGACACACAACUCAUCCAUCUCACUAAACUCAGCAGCAACUUCAUUGACAAUGUCCUCCUCACUUCACGGUGUUUUGCGCGCAGAAGACCACAUCCCACCCUGUCUUGACGCUACAUGCCAAGUAUUAAACAAGGAAGCUGAAGAAUUGGAACAAGUCAAUGUCGUUUACUCAUCAAGAAGAAACUCAUCAGUAGCCGCAUUGAAUAUGGCAUUGGGCAGACCCGUAUCACCAUCAUCUAGAAAAAACUCAUUGUACAACAAUGCUUCAUUCACCCAGUUGGAACAAAUUCCACAAAGACAACAACUGGAUGCCGAAGAAAUGAAAGAAGGCAAAUCCCCAUCUUCACCAUUGAGUCCUAGCAAUUUAUCAGCAUCAAACUUGAAGCACUCAAAAUCACAAGUUAGCUUUUAUAGCUUUGCCGAAGUCUUGAAUGAAGAAUCAACUUCACGUAGACCAAUGAUGAGAACAGCUGUGUCACAAGGCUUUGUUCCAACAUUAAAAGGAACAAAGUUUAGCACUACACCAAAGAAGAGAAACUCGUUACUGUACUCCAAUUCUUUAAAGUUUAGACGUCCAGAACAACUUUCAAGUCAGUCACAAUUACAAUCACAAACUCAACCUCAACAAAGUAAUUUGAGCAAGAUGAUGGUGAAGAAAGAGGGAUCCAAGGAACCCUCUGAAGAACCCGAUGCAGGUAAUAAGAGUGACAAUCAACAUAACGACAAUGCUAGCUUCAUUAGCUGUUCAGUAGCAGACUGUUUAAGAGGGGUAACAACGGAAAUCAGUGGCCAUUAA